AUGAGUUUUCAAGACAUCCAAGGUGGGCCACACCCUUCCUCUCGCCGGAGCCAGUCGCCGUCGCAGGCCGUCGCCGCCGGAAUUUUCCAGAUCAACACGGCCGUCGCCACUUUUCAGCGACUCGUCGAUGGCGUUGGAACCGUUAAAGACACUCCUGAACACCGUCAGAAGCUGCACAAUACAAGGCAGAGAAUAUUGCAACUGGUGAAGGAUACUUCUGCUAAGCUCAAAUCCUUGAGUGAAUCUGAUCGUGAUGCUAAUGCCAAUGCCAGUAAGAAAAUUGAAGAUGCUAAGCUUGCUAGAGAUUUCCAAACGACAUUGCAAGAGUUCCAGAAAGUACAACAGCUUGCUUCUGAGCGCGAAUCGGCUUACACCCCUGCUGCCCCCCCUUCUUCUUUACCAACAAGCUCUGGUUCUGGUGAAGAAUUGGUUGGGAUAGAUGUUGAAAGCCAACCUUUUAUUAGAGAGCAGAAGAGGCAAGAGAUACUUCUAUUGGAUAAUGAAAUAUCAUUCAACGAGGCCAUGAUUGAUGAAAGAGAACAGGGAAUAAGAGAGGUAGAAGAGCAAAUUGGACAAGCAAAUGAAAUAUUCAAGGACCUUGCUGUUCUUGUUCAUGACCAGGGAGUUGUUAUUGAUGACAUUCAAUCAAAUAUUGAUGCUUCUGCUGGUGCAACAAUCCAAGCUAGGGUCCAGCUAGCCAAGGCUUCCAAAAGUGUGAAAUCCAGAACCUCAUGGUGUUGGUGGGUGCUUGUAAUUUUUGUGGUCGUGCUGGUCAUAUUACUUAUUGUACUCAUUUUUUAUGUUUUGACCAAAAGAGAUGUGUUAGAAAGUUCUGCAAUGCAGUUUGAUAUGUUGACUGCAUUUGAAGCUGGAAGAAGUUGGCGAGUGCCUUCCUUGUGUGCAUAUUUUCACGUCCAUGCUGAUUGUCUGUGUUAA